CUCCAAUGAACCCUUCACUUCCAGAAACGAUCUUUAUCUAUAUGGGAGAAGGAAUGAAUGAAGCAAUGGAAAGGAAACGCCCCAGAAAGCUCAACUUAAACGCACCAUUCUUAUCGACAAGGCGACCGGUUGCUGCUGUAUACAUUAGCGAUGAAGUUUCAUGCAUCAAUUCGAGUAACGGGAUUCCGUUCUGCUGGGAACAGGCUCCCGGAAAGCCGAAGAACUCGGAGAGAAGUAACCACGUCGAUGAAGCCGAAACGCCUCGCCCGAAACCCCCACCAGGCAGAUGGCUUCCAGUACCAAAAGAGGCAACUAAUGGGGAUUAUGGUCACAGUCAUGAUCACCAUGACGAAGGUUGCGAUGCCGAUGUGGACCACUAUGAUAACGAUGACAACAACGACGUAUUCUCGGACGCCGCCGAAGUCUUAUCACUAACGGAAGCAAUAGACAUCGUUGAGAAAACAGAAAAGCUCCACCAUGAAUCAUCAAAGGGCUUAGAGCCUAGUGAAAUGGAUGGCAUGAACUUAGCUAUGAGUUUAGAGCACAGUGAUUGUCCAUCUCCAAGUUUCAUAAUCGAACGCUUUCUUCCGGACGCCAUAGCAUUGGCUGCAUCAUCUGCUCUAAGCAUGUCCAAAAGAAAGCUUCCUUACUUAUGCAAUUACUUGGAUCAGUCACCUUGUGUUUCCCAAGCAGUAAUAAAACGAUCAUCACUGUCUUCUUCCACAAAGCGUUGUGGGCUUGAAAUGCUGUUGCCAUGGCGGAUGAAGCACAGGCUUUGUAGCGUAAGAAAUCCAAUCAAGGAAAGGCCAAACAAUAUUAUGCAACCAAAAGCUAGUGCAAAGCAGAAGAAAUUGUUGUCAUCAAUUGUAGCGGAUUCUGCUGAAUGGAGAUGUAAAUAAUAGAGGUUUGCUUUUGCUAUGUAUAGACAUAUAGUGCAUGUAAAGGAAUGAUUAGAUGUACUUUUGGGAUCUCAUUUAUUUUU